UCCGUGACCACAGUCCGUAGCAGGGAGUCGAUCGCGUCGGUCCCAUACUCUUUGUCCGAGCAAUCAAAUUCAAAUAAAUAGAAUUAUUCUCGGCAACCAAAAUGCUCUGCUGCUUAUCAACGUUCCUGGCCUACGUAGGGCUCUAUGCCCUGGCCUCUUAUCUGUACGAGCAGCUGCGAACGCCGUAUAGACUGCUCAAACUUAGGUAUUUUGGCGAUCCAAGCCAGAGGCCCACGCUCAAGGAACGCUACGGCGACUGGGCAGCCAUUACGGGCAGCAGCGAUGGCAUCGGCAAGGAAUACGCCAAGGAGCUGGCCCGGCAGGGCAUCAAUGUCGUCUUGAUCGCUAGGAACGAGGAGAAGCUCCAGGCGGUUGUGAAGGAAAUCGAAAGCGAGAGCAAAGUGCAGACCAAAAUCGUGAUUGCUGACUUUACCAAGGGCUCGAAGGUCUAUGAGCAUAUAGAAAAAGAACUGGCUGAUAUACCAAUAUCCAUACUAAUUAACAAUGUUGGAAUUGGUACGCCUAGUUCUGUUCUGAAAUGGACCCAGGAAUCCACCCAAGACAUUAUCGAUACCAAUGUGGUGGCCGUUUCGCAGCUGUCCCGCAUCUUCUUUCAGCGCAUGAAGGCAGCAAAAAUCCGGGGAGCCAUCGUCAAUGUGAGUUCCGGAACGGAACUGCAGCCACUGCCCUACGCCGCCUACUAUGCCGCCUCGAAGGCGUAUAACCGCAGCUUCACUCUGGCUCUGCAUGUUGAGGCCAAGCCCUUUGGGAUCCAUGUCCAGCUCCUGUCCCCCAAUUUCGUGGUGACCAAGAUCAACUCGUACUCGAAACGAAUCAUGAAGGGCGGCCUGUUCAUUCCCACGGCGGAGUCUUACGCUCAGAGUGCAGUAAAUCAGCUAAGAGAUGGUGUGGACGAGACGCCGGGUCAUCUGUGGCAUCAUAUUCAGAACGCUGUUACUACACUUUUCUCCUGGCGGGUUCGUGUCUUUAUGGCCGUAAAAAUUUUCUCCGGCAUGACGGACAAAAAGAAGCAGAAAUAGAAUUUACCAAAUUGUUUUGCCUUUGUAAAAAUGUAGUUUUGAAAUAAACAAAAAAUGUUUAUUUUGUAAAUAAAAUGAGCACAGUUUUAGGCUGUGGCAUUAUUCCUAA